AUGCCGUCUCCCACGUUUCCCCCCGUCGCCCGGCUUUCCCACCACGCACCACUCGCCUUCCCCCCCACAUACACCACCCAUCUUAUUCUCCCCACACCACCUGCCUUCCCCCACGCACAGCACCGACCUUCCUCCCCCCGCACCACCCGCCUUUGCCCAACACCACACGCCCUCGUGUUCCUCCUCAUACCCGCCCUCCUCCCCCCCACAUACCCGUCCUCCUCCCCCCUAUAUACCCGCCCUCCUCCCCCCGACAUACCCGCCCUCCUCCACCCCACAUACACGGGACAGAGGAGGAGGGUGAGAGGGGGAGGAGGAGAGGGGGAGGGAGAGAGGGGGAGGGACAGAGGGGGAGGGACAGAGGGACGGAGACAGUGGGGGAGGGAACGAGGGGGAGGGGGAGAGGAGGAGGGAGAGAGGGGGAGGGAGAGAGGGGGAGGGAGAGAGGAGGAGGGAGAGAGAGGGAUGGACAGAGGGGCUCUCUCCCCGUCAUUUGCCCCCGUUCCCCCGACCCCCUUCCCUGCUUCCCCCUAUCCCCUUCCCUGCUUCCCCCCAUCCCCUUCCCUGCUUCCCCCCAUCCCCUUCCUUGCUUCCCCCCAUCCCCUUCCCUGCUUCCCCCCAUCCCCUUCCCUGCUUCCCCCCAUCCCCUUCUCUCUCUCAGCCCAGUUGCACUCUCUCUCCGUCCUCUCGCACUCUCACUCUCCUUCCCACGACCCUCAGCCCUCCUUCCCCCGACCCUCUGCCCUGUUCCCACCUGCCCUCCCAAUCCCUGCCUUUCCCUCCCUGCCCUACCCUUCCCUUCCUCAUCCCUUCUCAACCCUUCCUUCCUUUUCAUGCCCUCCCCUUCCCCCUCAUUUCUCACUUUCCGCCCUCUAG